AUGGUUUUCGGCCAGAGGGGAACACGCCCCUCCGGUGCAUCGCAUACUGCUGCUGCGUUCUACAUGCACCGUCGCUGCCGACAUCUCCCUACAUACGCGCAAUCGCGGCUCGAAUCUGCUUUUGCGGGCUAUCCGACGAUCGAGAGAGGCUACGGACGCCUUCAGCCCAGCACUUGCUUCGCCGCCCACGACGACGACGACUUGAUCCCCGAAGAGAGACAAUCCCCGGUCUUUAACGUGGAUCUCUCUCGCAUCCGCCUCAACGACGCCCUGAUAUUUCACGGGCUCGACUUUGUCUACGACAACUUCGCCUCUCGUAUCGACAAAAGGCAACAUAAGGACCAGCUAGGCACCGGAUCAUCCUACGGAUUUCUGUUUUUAACUGCCUAUGAUCGUGCUUUGUUUAUAAAGAUUUUCAAUCGCUGGUCAAGGCUUCGCUACAAUAGCGGCCAACGAGCCCUUGCUGAAGUCAUCUCAUCGCACCACAUGUUGGUAUCUGCCUCAAGAAGUAACCCACCUGUCUGUCUGCACCACCAUCUUCCCUGCUGUACGGUCGCCUCUGGACGUUAA